UGUAUUUAGACAAGGUAUUCAACACGGGAAUUGAAGUGCUAACGCUUUCCGUUACUUUUGGAACCCUAAUAAACCGCGAAAGGUUAAAAUGAAGGUUAUGAAAAAUAAACAAAAUAAUUGUUUAUUUUUAUUAUUUCAUGCCGAUUUAAAUCUGCAAAUCAUCGUGCAAAAAUAAAAUAGUUUAGGUGUGUCACAGUUCGCCCUCGCCUUUGUCGUAAGGUUGAUACUAUUAUAUUCACGAUUACUCAGCAAAAAAGAAAGCUCAGAAUAAACAACAUUGUUUUCAUAUUCGUGACAUUUACAUAUUAAACCAAAUGUUUCGCCCGUUAUCUUUCAUUGCUAUUAUAAGUGUGUGCGGUAUAAGUCCAUUUCAAGAACACUCGUACGCAAUGGCUAAAUACUUACCGAAAACUAUGAGGGCUGUAGGCCUUUACAAAUAUUUACCAAUUUCUGAUCCAAAUAGUUUGCUAGAUUUAGAAGUAGCAUUGCCUAUAGUGCAGAAAAGCGAUGUGCUAGUGGAAGUGAAGGCAACUGCAGUGAAUCCUAUCGAUACCAAGCAACGUGCACCGAAAUCACAAAUAGAAACUACGCCGCGAAUCCUAGGAUUUGACGGUGCCGGCGUCGUGGUCGCUAAAGGGAAUGCAUCGAAACUAUUCAAUUUAGGUGACGAGGUAUUUUUCACUGGCGAUUUUAGGAGGACUGGCUCAAAUGCUCAGUAUGUAGCUCUCGAUGAAAUCUUAGUGGGCCUAAAGCCAAAGAAUCUUACAUUCGAACAAUCUGCAGCGAUGCCAUUAACUGGAGUUACUGCUUACGAAGCUCUUUACGACCGUUUAUUGAUUUCAAAAAAAGAUGCAGGCAAAUCAUUGUUAAUAAUCAACAGUGCCGGUGGUGUUGGCUCGGUUGCUUCGCAAUUGGCUAAAAAUUUAGGUCUUAAUGUAAUAGGAACAGCUUCGAGAAACGAGACCAUAGAGUUCUCUUUAGCUCAUGGAGCAGAUUUAGUUCUUAAUCACACAAAAGAUUUGAUUCCACAACUUGAAGCUAAGGGUUACAAUGGAGUUGAUUACAUAUUAGUGAACUAUGAUCCUUAUCCUUACUGGAACACUUUGAUGCAAGUUAUUAAACCACAGGGAAAGAUUUGCUUGAUUGUAGACAGCAGUGGUUUGGUAGAUUUAAAACCUCUGAAGGAUAAAAGUUUGACUUUAGUUUCGGAAAUGAUGCUCACAAGAAUUAAAUAUGAUACUGAUGAUAAGUACAGGCACCAUGAGAUACUGCAAGACAUUUCCAAGAUGUUAGACAACGGGCAACUGAAAACCACACUUAAUAAAGUUUUAUCUCCAAUUAAUGCUGCAAAUUUAAAGGAGGCUCACAGACUGCUAGAAGAAAAGCACACAAUCGGGAAAAUCGUUGUUAGCAAGUUUGAUGAAUGAAAAAAAAACAAGUUUUAUUAUAUU